UCGACAAAACAGAAAAAGGGAUUUGAUAUCUGAAAUCAGCCAAAUUUCGUAUUCAGUGCAUUCAUCAAAUCACGCUUUCCUAGACCAUAAAUUCACGCCCCAUCGCUCUCUCUCGCCUCUGCGCUUCCACAGUGUGGGUUUUGUAGGGUUUUAGCAUAAUGUUCAGGUUUGGGGAUUCUUUAUGCCAUUGAUGGAUUAUUUAUGCCUUCUGACAAGCUAUCGCUGCCCAAGUUUGAGCCUUUUCCUAGCCUCUAAAUCGGCGUAUUCACUCGCCCUAGAGAUUCAGCUCAUUAUGAUGUUUGCAUUGUAGCAGAUCGUUCUCGUCCUGGGUUUCUGGUGGGACACAGGAUUGUAAUUUGUAUCAUCUGAAGGAGUUCGGCAUUCUGCUUUAAUCGAAGGUGAAGCUGUUUCAGGAAAUUGACCUGAACACCCUCAUUUCAUCCUGGAAAAAGGGGUUUUUGUCAUUUGAUCUUCGUCAACUAUGUCCCCUGAGAACACGGAAAAAACGCUUUGUCUCAUGGGGUGGUGCAAUAGAUGUGCAGCAGAACUAUAAAGCCAUUGAAAUUUCGGGGGCUUCAUCUCCAGUUUCUUGAUUACAGGCAGUGAGAAAACCUCAGACAACUCAGAGGUCUGAGGGUUUCUUGACUUAAGCAUGCAUCUUGAAGCUAAUGUAGCACGUCAUGAUAACCCCAGGUUGAUACAUAUAAAUGAUUCAAAGAAGACAUGUGAUAACUCUCAAUUUUCUGGGAACGAGAUUAGGACGAGCAAGUACACCUUGCUUAACUUCUUGCCCAAAAACCUUUUCAUUCAGUUUCACAGGUUGGCUUAUUUGUAUUUUUUAGCCAUUGCCGCUUUGAACCAACUUCCACCUCUUGCAGUAUUUGGCAGAACUGUUUCCCUGUUCCCUCUUCUUUUUGUGCUUACUGUCACGGCUGUCAAAGAUGGUUAUGAGGACUGGCGGAGACACAGGUCUGAUAGGAAUGAGAAUAAUCGGGAGGCACUAGUGCUACAAUCAGAUGGAUUCCUUCCCAAAAGGUGGAAGAUGAUUCAAGCUGGUGAGGUAUUGAAGAUCAGUUCUGAUGAAACUAUUCCUUGUGAUAUGGUGCUGCUAGGAACGAGUGAUCCUAGUGGAAUUGCAUACAUACAGACGAUGAAUUUGGAUGGUGAGUCAAACUUGAAAACAAGGUAUGCUCGACAAGAAACUAAUAAACUUUUUCUUGGAGGGACUAUGAUACCUGGUACCAUAACUUGUGAGCAGCCAAACAGGAAUAUCUAUGAGUUCAUGGCUAAUAUGGAGCUGAAUGGGCAUUGUCUUCCUCUUAGCCAAUCCAAUAUCAUUCUGCGUGGCUGUCAACUUAAGAACACGGAAUGGGCAAUUGGGGUUGUGGUUUAUGCUGGGCAGGAUACGAAAGCUAUGAUGAACAGUGCAAUGUCCCCAUCUAAAAGAAGCAGACUGGAAACCUACAUGAACAGGGAGACAUUAUGGUUAUCAGUUUUCCUUUUAAUCAUGUGCUUUGUUGUUGGCCUAGGGAUGGGCUUAUGGUUAAACCGCCACAAGCCUGAGCUUGAUACACUGCCUUACUACCGAAAAGUUUACUUCCAAAAGGGAAAAGAUGGCAAGAAGUACAAAUUUUAUGGAAUUCCUAUGGAGACAUUUUUCUCGUUCUUGAGUUCUAUCAUAAUUUUCCAGAUAAUGAUUCCGAUAUCCCUCUAUAUCACGAUGGAGUUGGUGCGGUUGGGGCAAUCAUAUUUCAUGAUUGGUGAUCAGCAUAUGUACAGCAGUUUGAGCGAUUCUAGGUUUCAGUGCAGAUCUCUGAAUAUUAAUGAGGACUUGGGACAAAUUCGAUAUAUACUGUCUGAUAAGACAGGCACACUAACAGAAAACAAGAUGGAAUUCAAGAAAGCAAGUAUCUGGGGGAAAAGUUAUGGUGACACUAAAGCUGGUUCACAUGAUUCAGAUGCUGGAGUGGAAGAGCCUAUGGUGGGUGGAAGAAAAUGGAAGCUCAAAUCUGAAACCACCCCUGAUCCUGAACUCGUCAAAUUAUUGUACAAAGAGCUACAUGGAGAAGAAAGAAUAGCUGCGCAUGAGUUUUUUCUUACGCUAGCAGCUUGUAACACCGUGAUACCCAUUCUUACUGGAAGUCCUUCAAGUAUUUCCUGCACUUCAUUGAGUGAUGGCCCUACCUCUAUAGACUACCAAGGUGAGUCUCCUGAUGAACAGGCAUUGGUUGCAGCAGCCUCUGCUUACGGCUAUACGCAUUUUGAGCGGACAUCUGGGCAUAUUGUGAUUGAUGCCAAUGGUGAGAAAUUAAGGUUGGAUGUAUUGGGUUUGCAUGAGUUUGAUAGUGUGCGUAAAAGAAUGUCUGUUGUCAUUAGAUUUCCCAAUGGUAGUGUGAAGGUGUUGGUGAAGGGGGCUGAUACAUCAAUGUUCAGCAUCUUAAAAAAAGAUCUUCCAUGUGAUGAUCACAUGAGAGAUGUAACGCAAGUACAUCUGGAUGAUUAUUCAUCUGAAGGUUUACGCACCCUGGUUGUUGCCGCUAGGGACCUUAAUGGUGAACUCCUUGCAGAGUGGCAACACAUGUACGAAGAUGCGUGCACAUCUUUGACAGAUAGAGUUGUAAAACUACACCAAACUGCAGCUCUCAUCGAAUGCAACUUGACCCUUCUUGGAGCCACUGCUAUUGAGGACAAAUUACAAGAGGGUGUACCUGAGGCCAUUGAGUCCCUACGGCAGGCUGGAAUAAAGGUGUGGGUUCUCACUGGUGAUAAGCAAGAGACAGCAAUAUCCAUUGCACUUUCUUGCCGACUCUUGACUGCAGAUAUGCAGCAGAUCAUUAUCAAUGGAAAUUCAGAACAUGAAUGCAGAAAGCUAUUAUGUGAUGCCAAUGCCAAAUACCAUGUCAAUUCUGCAAGUUGCUUUGAUAAUAUGACGAAUACGCAUGGGAAGACUGAAAAGAAUUUUCUCGAAAUGCCUUCCCAAACAAAGUCUUCCAAUAUGUCUCAACAGACAGCCGGCAAGGAAGACCGGCCUACUUUUUGCCCACUGGCCCUUAUAAUUGAUGGGAACACUCUGGUUUACAUAUUAGAGAAAGACUUGGAGCAUGAGCUAUUCAACCUUGCCACUUCGUGUAAGGUGGUGCUCUGCUGUAGGGUUGCUCCCUUGCAGAAGGCUGGAAUUGUGGACAUGAUUAAAAGACGCACUGACGAUCUUACACUAGCCAUAGGUGACGGGGCUAAUGAUGUUUCGAUGAUCCAAAUGGCGGAUGUUGGUGUUGGAAUUUGUGGUCAAGAAGGGCGCCAAGCAGUGAUGGCAUCAGAUUUUGCUAUGGGCCAGUUCAAAUUUUUAAAAAGAUUGCUUUUGGUGCAUGGGCACUGGAACUACCAGCGUCUUGGCUAUCUCAUUCUCUACAACUUUUAUCGCAAUGCUGUUUUUGUGUUGAUGCUUUUCUGGUAUAUCUUAUGUACAGCCUUUUCUACUACUUCUGCAUUGACAGAUUGGAGCAGUGUUUUUUACUCUGUCAUAUAUACUUCAGUACCUACAGUUGUUGUUGGUAUUCUGGACAAGGACUUAAGUCACAAGACGUUACUCAAAUAUCCAAAGCUCUACGCAGCAGGGCACCGACAAGAGAGUUACAAUAUGCCUCUCUUCUGGAUUACAAUGGUUGACACAUUAUGGCAGAGCCUCGUUCUCUUCUAUGUACCGUUGUUCACCUAUAGAGAGAGCAGUAUCGACAUAUGGAGUAUGGGCAGCUUAUGGACAAUAGCAGUGGUCAUAUUAGUCAACGUGCACUUGGCAAUGGACAUCCAGCGUUGGGUAUUUGUUACUCACGCUGCGAUAUGGGGCUCAAUCAUUGUGACAUAUGGCUGCAUGGUGGUGCUCGAUUCUGUACCUGUCUUCCCAAAUUAUGGUACAAUAUACCAACUUGUGAAAUCACCGGUUUACUGGCUCUCGAUCUUACUGAUAACGGUUAUAGGAUUGCUCCCGCGGUUUAUUUUCAAAGUUUGCCAUCAGAUGUUCUGGCCCUCUGAUAUCCAGAUUGCUAGAGAAGCUGAGAUAUUGAGAAAAAGGAGACCUUUUUUUGGGUCGAAUUUAGAUCAGGAUUCAAGCUGACAUGCUUGCUGGUUGUGUGAAGACAGCAGUGGAGCUUUUUUUAGUUUGUUCCUGCCUGUUGUAUAGUGUUACUGUAGAGGAUAGGUAUUUUUAAGCAACUACUGUUGAUUAGAUUAAUGAAAUAUAAUUUUUUUCUCUGAUUAAA